GUUGACAUUGUGAAUAAACAACGAUCUUAGCAAAGAUAAACCUUUCGUGCCUCCUUACCUUCAUCACUCUCUACAAAAUCAAUAAAUUUUAGUGUUGUAUUAGAAUUACGCAGAAAUAGAAGUGUCCACCUUCUCCUUGCACAGAAGAAGGACAUCUACCUACAUCAACUUCAAGAACUGCAAAAUGGCAAAGGAAUUCUCGGAGUCCUACUUCGCCAAGGGGAGGACGAAAACAGCGAGUCGGCUUGACUUACUCGCUUGUUUUUGUUUACUGAAGUUGGCGGCUAUCGGGGUAUACAUCUACGGAAUUUUCAGCACGAAUUGGCACUACGGCGCGGCCCAUCCACCUUUCGCGCAAUAUUUAUGGGUCAAGAUGUUAAUUUUGAUAACAUGAUUCCUUUUGUCCCUGUCUGACCAGUAAAGAAGUCAAGAACUGUAAAUUUUGUAAUAAUUGUUCGGCAUAAUUCACAUAACAUAAGGUGAAGAUGAUUCGGCAAGCACAUAUUAAACAACAUGUUGUAGUUCUGGAUUCACAGUCACAACAUCACAGAUCAGAAACCUGGAUCUUCCCCUUCCACCUUGAGGAUAUUACUUAUAUAAAUACUCUUUCGUCUUGACGGUGGUUCAGUACAAUCACUUGAGACGUGAUAAUGAUGAAAUAGCUACAAACCAAAACCACUCAUAAUUUGAAGAAACAGUGAGAAAUGUCUAACCCAAGUCGGCUUCGGAUACGGACCUCUUACAGUGGAGAUAAACCCAAUGUGCAUGUCCUCUAGGAUGGCCGAAAUCGAGCAAAUGGAGGAUAGGCCUCAGGGAUCAGCCCCAGCUGUAUUGAAUUUCUAGAUACCGCCCGUGUGUGGGAGGUGUUAGGUCAUAAGUACUCGAAAACUGAAAAUAAGCGAGUUACUGACUGAAGUAAAACAGUCUUGACGACUUUCCUCUUCAUUUUUCAGUACCUCGCUUAGUUUGACAAGUAGGUACUCGGUUAAUAUUUCAGUUUAUCGAAUAAAUUGAACAAUCACGACCUUCUUAUGUUGACCCCUUAGCCAUUUUAGCCUCCGAUGAAGAAGUCUGAAUCUCAAAGGAGCUUGCUUCAUAAUCCUUUUUCAGGAAAAAUGCCUACACCUAGACCUACUUGUCAUCUUCAUAAUCCCGCAUCCACACUCACACACACAUACUUCUCACCACAGACCAUCAAGUGGACAGCGCAGAUGCUGAACCUCGGGACAGGCGAGUUUCGUGCACAAGUCCUAUUUUGUACGGAGUUUUAAGGCUCAAGAACUUUCAUUGGUCAUUGAAGCUGGUCACUGACACCGAAGCGGAGUAGACCGCUUGAGACAACACGGGAAAUCUAAGGGAAGAAGGGGAAAGUAGCUCUGUGGCCAGGGGCCUUGUCGUUGUCCCGUUCAGAGUCAGUGACCAAUGACUGCUGACCUUUAAGAGUUGUUCAACCAAUUGCGGGAGAACAAGAUCCGCGACCUGCUUUUGACCGUAGAUAUGCUCUCCGAUAUUCCGUUUCUAGGAGCACUCGUGACGGCGUCAGUGCGCGACCUGCAAGAAAUGCAACUCAUGGGCUGUACUUACUUUGCUUAUUUAAUACAUACAUAGAGCUCUUAAUUCUGCACAACAACUACCAAGAGGAACUUCAUAACCGAUGAUGCUUCUUCCUCCAUGUUCAUUUUCCACUUUUUGGAUCACGUAGCGAGUAAUCCAUUGCCUCUAGUUAGGCACAUUCAUUCAUUCAUUCAUCAAAGCUCCACUGACGAACCAGAUUUCUACAUCGGUGGCGUAAUAUUGCAGUUACUUCUGUGCGGGUUCUCAAUGAUGGUGUUGGUCCUCUAUUGGCGGCAAAAACCAUCAAGAAAAUUGCGGAAGUUGGGCAUAACUCUCUUUGUCUUGGCUUGGCUUCUCUUAUGUUUAGCUUUUAUCCAUCUUUGUCCGCAUCUUGAUAAGUGCCCCAUUGCAGCUACGGAAUAGAAUGGUAUUGGUAUUCUGUCAUUAUGGAAUACAAGGGAAGGGCAAAGGUACGAAGAUGUUGAGACCGAGAUGGAUGCAAGCACGCUCUAACUUUCUUCUCGAUAGGCUUUGUCGCUUACACUGCCAUAACUCCUGAUGCAAACGAGAUUUUGCGAAAAUACAUCAUGAUAUUGACUGUUACGGCUGCGCUGCUAUCGAUCUUGAUGUUUUUCAAAUGGAUUUAGAAUACUAGAGGACUUGAGAAGUAUGUUGUCGUGUGUUAUAAUUUUGUACCUAGAUCUCAACCUCCACCACCCCCACGUCUCCUUCUAAUCCUCGUGGGGCAACAGCAAUAGCCGAGGCCUUUCUCAGUUCCGGAGAUACGAAAGUUCAGACAGGCGUGGUCGGCGAUUUCCAAGAGACGUGGCUUGUCAUUGCUAGCUUACUCCUCCUUGAUGGAGGAUUUACUUUUAUGGAGGAAACAUGAUUUUGUAUUUGUGUCUACUAGAGGCACAUGGAAUUGUUCCAUUGUUUCUUGAUCAGGGGCUGCACCAGCAUGACCACUUCUUAUACUAGAUACACAAAAAUAGAUUUUAUUCUAUCAAGUAUAAAUAACAAAUAAAUGUAACAACAAGAACUUCUCUGAAAUCUGAAAUCUCCAUCUUCUAACCUCCUCUUUAUGGCCUACAAGUUUCCGCAGCACCCAAAGGAGCGACAUGAAGUGAGAAAACUGGCGGAGCAGGACCAGAUGGAUGCCUUGAUGGCAGCACAGUUGAGACACGCAGACCAGCCGCAUGACGAGCACUUCUUGGUCGAUCCAAGAGCCGAAUUCGAAGACAUAGAGGGCGAUUACGGUCAGGGUCACAUGCACUACAAGCAUGCGUAUGGUGGGGUAUAAUAAAGUUCGUAAGUGAACAAGAGAUGGGAGUUCGUAAGUGAAGAGUAGAAGUAAGUAGCUUUCUCUGUUUAUAGUGCCCAAACCCAUACGUCAUCAACAUCCUCUACUUGUACCUCCCUGAAUAUCCCAUACAAGCGAUUUGUUUAUAUCAUCAUGUCAUGCGUAUUCACAGUCCCAGUAGUAUGAGUAGCAGUACUCGUAGUUGCAUCAAAAUCUUAGAACCUAGUAGGUGUUCGUAACGUAGUAGCUAGAACUAGAUGUGAAGCACCAUCAUUUCAUAUUUUUCGUUCCCAUGUUUUCACAACCACUGCAUCGUAAUUUUUCAUGCUCGUGUACUAGUAACGUGCCUCUUCCAAGAAAACUACCAUAAUCAUGAUAAUGUUUUCCACGUAUGAAUCACCGCCCCGCCCAUGAACAAAUGCUCCCCAAGAUCACGACCAAGUGAACACAUCACCCUUUCCUUCCCAUACUACAUGUCGCUAAUGCAUAGUCAAUUCAGUAAUCAUAAAUGAACCUUCAGUCAUAGAACUAGAACGAGGAGGCAUCAAUGUCAAUCAUCACUACCUCGAUGCAUGAUACAAGGAAGCGAUUCUCGAAGCCUCAAAUAGAGAUCAAGAAAAACUCAUGCGGUCACGUUUACCUGAUGAUCGAUUCAAGAAGGAGAGCUCAUUCGCAUUCCUCACAAGAAUUUUAUGACUGGACCUGCAGGGCCC